ACUGGUGAAGUGAUACCAAUGCCGGUGCCGUCCAGUUUCAACGACAUCACUCAAAGCCGAUUUAUCCGAGACUACGCGGGUUGGGUCUGGUAUGACAGGAACUUCUUCGUCACCGGCGACUGGUCUGACCCCUUACUGGCCGUAAUCCUACACUUCGGUAGCGCUCACUACGAGUCCAUAGUAUACGUAAACGGAGUGGAAGUCGUGCGACAUAUCGGCGGACAUUUACCAUUCGCUGCGGACGUCACCAAACACUUGAACUUUGGGGCAAAUAAUCGCAUAACUGUUGCCCUGAAUAACAUACUGACGCCGAGUACUGUCCCUCAGGGGACCAUCACUUACAAGAACAACACACAACUGUUCCCAAAGGGCUUCUAUGAGACCACAACUAACUUUGAUUUCAUGAAUUACGCGGGUAUUCACCGACACGUCUCGCUAUACGCCCUCCCCGUCGACCACAUCGACGACAUCGCAGUCACCACUGAUAUCAAGGACUCGACGACUGGUGUCAUAAACUAUGAGAUCACUCAUAGCGUGAAGACAUCGGCGGCUGAAUGUGUUGUGGAAGUGAUGGACAAAAGCGGCAAAAAAGUAGCCGAAGCUAAAGGCUAUUCGGGUUCCAUAACAAUACCGAACGCCAAGUUGUGGUGGCCCUACACUACGGACCCGAACCCCGGAUAUCUCUAUACACUACGCGUGUCUCUCGUGGCCAGCGGUAAGACCGCCGAUGUUUACUACCAGAGAGUCGGCAUCCGUACGGUUAGGGCCACUGAAAAGGAGGUUUUCAUUAAUGGUAAACCCUUUUACUUCCGAGGCUUUGGUAAACACGAAGACGCGAACGUUAGGGGCAAAGGACUGGACCUGGCGUUCAUAGCCAAAGACAUGAACCUGAUCAAAUGGAUGGGCGCCAACUCAUUCCGCACCUCACACUACCCCUACUCCGAAGAGUUGAUGGAUAUGUGCGACGAACAGGGAAUUGUGGUCAUCGACGAGUGCCCGGCGGUAGCCCUGAGCGCCUUCACUGAUGUCUUACAGAAACAACACUUACAAACUAUCACCGAAAUGAUAGCACGUGAUAAAAACAGGCCAUCGGUGGUCAUGUGGUCCAUAGCCAACGAGCCUCAGUCGGACAAAGCGGAGGCUGAAGAGUACUUCCGGGUUAUCUCGACUCACGCCCGGAGUCUGGAUAAGAGCCGUCCGAUUACGGCCGCCAUUAAUCAUGACUACAAUAAUGACAAAAUGGCACAAUUUUUGGACGUAUUGAUGAUCAAUAGGUAUUACGGCUGGUAUUCGGACACCGGUUACACACAAGUGAUUGACUUGCAAUUGACCACUAAUUUACGGCAAUGGCAUAAA